AACAUCCAAGGUAAGCUGAAUUCCAAGGUAACAUCUAUUGAUGCCAAAGUAAAUUCGCAACACAUUGCUCUGGAGCAUAUUGACGGAGAAUGCGAAGGAAUCUCAAACCAAGUUGACUACCUAGAGAAUCAAUCGAGACGUAAUAAUAUCAAGAUACUUGGGCUAGCAGAGAGGAAAGAGGAACGCACUUGGGAUGACACCGAGGAGGUUAUCAAGUCGACAAUCAAAGACACCCUUGGCGUUGAAGAAAAUGUCGAAAUAGAGAGAGCUCAUCGCAUUGGGAAACCCCGUAGGCCUAACGCAGUUGGCCAAGAUGGCCGUCCUCUCGGUCCACGUGCUGUUGUUGCCAAGCUGUCCAACUGGAAGCAGAAGGAAAGAAUCUUAGCGGCUGCAAGGAAGAAAAAGCCUGAUGGAUUGAUGUUUGUCCAAGAUUUUUCACAGCGAAUACUCAACAGACGUGAUGAGCAAAAGGUUGAUUUGAAAAAGGCAAGGGAAGAUGGCAAAAUAGCCUAUUUUGUCAUGGACCGAUUGAUAAUUCGAGAACCUCCUGAAAAGAACAACAAGAGUUUCAUAUCCAAUGACAGUAAAAUUUCCUUCACGGAGUCGUAA